CCUCAUCUUCUUUGGAUAGAUUUCUUAUGAUAUGGAAUUUGAAGCCACAGUCCAGAGCUUUCAGAUUUGUGGGUCACGUGGAAGCUGUGACCAGUGUACAGUUUUCACCAGAUGGGCACCUCAUGGCAUCUGCUUCUCAGGAUCGGACUGUUAGACUAUGGAUUCCCUGUAUUCAUGGAGAAUCUUCAGCCCUGAAAGCCCAUACUGCACCUGUCCGUAGUGUGAACUUCUCACAUGAUGGCCAGUUCCUAGUUACAGCGUCCAAUGACAAAUCAGUAAAAGUAUGGAGUGUCCACCGGCAGCGCCUUUUGUUUUCCUUAUCCCAGCACACACACUGGGUUCGCUGUGCCAAAUUUUCACCUGAUGGAAGAUUAAUAGCAUCUUGCAGUGAGGAUAAAACUGUUAAAAUCUGGGAUGCAGCAAAUAAAAUAUGCAUUGAUAGCUUUACAGACUAUGAAGGGUUUGCAAACUAUGUUGAUUUCAAUCCAAGUGGUACAUGUGUAGUUUCUGCAGGUUCUAAUCAUACAGUGAAGCUCUGGGAUAUUCGAAUGAACAAGUUACUGCAGCAUUACCGAGUUCACAGAGGAGGAGUUAAUUGUGUAUCAUUCCAUCCUUCUGGUAACUAUCUCAUCACUGCUUCUACUGAUGGUACCCUUAAAAUUAUGGAUCUCUUAGAAGGAAGACUUAUAUAUACGCUUCAUGGACACAAGGGACCUGUGCUUUCUGUGGCCUUUUCCAAAGGUGGGGAAAAAUUUGCAUCAGGUGGAGCUGAUGCACAGGUAUUACUGUGGAAGACCAAUUUUGAUUCAUUUAACUAUAAGGAAGUUCUUAAACAACAUAUUAGAAGAAUACAUACUGAUGACCCACCUCACCUUCUUGAUAUUUAUCCAAGAUCACCUCAUCCCCAUGAUGGGCAAUCUCAGUCAACUGAAAUAGAUCCUAGCUUCGAUGUGACAGAUACACAAACGCUUGACCCACUUGUCGUAGAUAUUAGUUCCUCCGUGUAUUUCAGUUCUCCGUCAAGGACAACUGGCUCUUCAAAUGGAGUUUCCCCAUUCAAAGAUGAUAUGAGCAGUGAAGAUCUGCGGUAUCGUCCUGCUUUGUUCUCACCCGCAAGCUCAAGAAGGAGGCUGGAGGACGAGGUUGAACCAGCUGUGUGUACCGUGGACAAGCGCAUAGGCAUCUCGCCAGCUCUGGGUAAUGCUUUAGAGCACAUUGUGGAGCAGCUGGAUGUUUUGACUUUAACUAUUUCAAUCCUGGAGCAGCGAUUGACUUUGACCGAAGAUAAACUGAAAGAAUGCUUAGAAAAUCAACACAAAAUGUUACUUCAAGCCAGGCAAGGAGAAUAAAAAGUACAAAUGUAGUUGAUCUGUACUGAUGAAUAUGUUUCAUACAUUCUCAGGGAACUAAUAAAUGA